AUGAUUAGGCCCAGUGGUAGGAAAAAGGUUUUCUUAGACGAAGUGAUACUUCAUUUAUCGUUCAUUUCACAUAGUAUACUAGGAAACUAUUGUAGAUUAGGUCUCAUUGCAUUAUCCAACUAUCCGAACGCAUACAUUAGACCAACCACAGCACUGUGGGCUAAUGUAGUAGCCUGCAUUAUCAUGGGAAUUGUAUCUGGGCUGAAUAUUGUGGGAUGGUUUGAAAACCACGCCCAUUUUUACGCAUGCUUAACUGUGGGCCUUGCAGGUUCGACCUCUUCGUUUUCCACUAUGAUGAUAGAAGUGUUUGAUCAUUCAAUGCAACUGACGCCAAACACAGCUGGCAAAUUUCCGAAUAAAGCCUAUGGUAUAAUGGAGUUUUUGUCAGUUUUGUUGACACAUUUGUUAAUGUCUAUGUCAGCGUUAAUCUUUGGGAGAAAAAUAGCCCAGGAUUUGCUUGCAAAAUACUUUCAAAAACCAUUAAAAACUGAAAACGAAGAGAUAUCUUCUUUGGAAUUCAAAAGAGAAGUUGUUGUUGAUAAGAUCUUCAAGAUUGAUAUUUAUGCGACCGCGCUGCUUUGCAUUCCAAUUCUUGCUACUCUCAUUACUUUGGCAUGUGUUUAUAGCAAUUACUCACGUGGUGACUGGACUUUGCCGGCGUUAUUUGGAAUUUUCGGAUCAUACUUGAGAUGGAUUUUAUCUAAAAAGUUCAACCCAAGGAUAAAGUACUUUCCUCUAGGGACUUUCAUUGCCAAUAUUUUUGCAACUCUAGUACUGGCUAUCCUGAAUAUAGUUCAAAGAGGUAACAGUGGUUCACAUAACCAUCAUCCGAUUAUCGGAAGUUAUAACACCUGCUUGGUAAUAUCAGCUCUGGGUUCCGGAUUUUGUGGCGGUCUAAGCACUACAAGCACGUUCAUUAAUGAAGCAUAUUCUAUGCCUUUUCUCUGCACUAUGUUUUAUUAUAUCACAAGCGUAGCUCUAUCGUACAGUCUGAUAGUUAUUACUCUGGGGUCAUAUGCAUGGACGAAAGGUCUGACUGCAGGAGUUUGUUGA